AUGGAUGACCUUAGUGAAGAACAUCAACGCUUGUUAACUGAAUUCCAAGUCGCAAUGCCAAUGGAUUCACAGCAGGCAAUGAGAAGACUAAACGAUUGUCAAUGGCAGCUUCGUGAUGCACUCCAAUCGCCUGCUACUGAAGCACCUCAUGUACCUUCCUCUUCCUCUUCCUCCUCUCCUCCUACUUUACCACAAUUACCUGUCAACAGAAUAAUGUUCAUCUUACGGUGGCCAGCUCAUCUUGUCUGGAGAAUGACCUUGACAAUACUCUCAUUUGCUAACCGUCUUAUACCUCGCCACACUUUAAGUUCUCCUCCACGAAACGAUCCUCGCUCUGCUGCUACCAAUUUAUUGCGUUGUUUUGAAAAGAAAUAUGGAGAAAUACAUGUCCCUUUUUAUCAAGGAAGCUACUCACAGGCACUUCUCACAGCCCAGCGGGAUCUUCAAUUUGUCUUGGUGAUUCUCUUUAGUGACGAGCAUGAUGACACUGAUUCAUUUUGCAGAAAUACUCUCACUUCUGAGCAUCUGAUAGACACCCUUCAGCGUAUGGAUUUUCUGGUUUGGGCUGGCAAUGUAUCUGAUCCAGAAGCAUUUCAAGUGAGUGCUGUACUUCAGGCAACAACAUAUCCAUUCCUUGCUGCACUUUCAUUUCCAGCUCCAAGCAACAACAAUAACAACGGUAGCAAUAACAACAGCAAUAACAACAGUACUAGUAGCAGCAGCAGCAGUAGCAGCGGCACUGGUAAUAAUAAUGACAUUUCAACACCUCCAAAGUUGAAUGUAGUAGACCGGAUGGAAGGAGCCAUAACUCCAGAAGAUGUGGUGCGUCGACUGAGUGUAGUCCAUGAGCGACACGUACCUAUGUAUACACGGCUCAGAGCCGAGAGGGAUCGUGUGGCACUCGAACGCCAAUUGAGACAAGAACAAGAACGUGCUUAUAAAGAAAGUCUUUGGGCCGAUCAGGAAAAGGAACGUAAGGCACGUGCGGAACAAGAGGAUUUGAUGGCUGCAGAAGAAGAGGCGCGCGCGAAUGCAGCACGAGAAGAGGAAGCACGGCGCACUCUUGAAGAAAAGAAGAUCCAAUACCUGCACUAUCUCUACAGCCGGCUUGACCCUGAACCUGAACCUGAACCUAAGCAAGCACAAGACAAACAAGCUUCUGUCACAAAGAUCCGUUUCAAAAUUAUUGAUGGUACCACGGUUUCCCGUAACUUUAGAGGCGAUGUCUCUAUAGAAGCAUUGUAUCAGUUUGUGGCUGUCUACCCUCUCAUCCAACGUCAUGAACCUGUCAUUGACACUGACAAACCAAGAGAGUACGACCACGUGUAUGACUUUACGAUUCUUUCAAAUUAUCCACGCAUUAUCUAUCCACCUUCAGACCGUUUGAUCAGCGACGAAGACCGACUGUGGCCCAGUGCAACCCUCAUGGUUGAACCUUCGGAGAGUUUGUAA